AUGGCGAGAAGCUUCGUAAAUGGCAUCCCGGGACUUUUCGUCUUCCUCGUGGACUUCCUCGUCGCGACCGCUUCAGAAAGACCGUGGAGUGCGAUGAGCAUUGUAAUGGAAGCUGAGAAGUUCGCCUUGCGACGCAAAAUUCAGCCGACAGGAUUACUCAUCUUGGACACGGGCACUCGGCAACUCAGGGAAGGUUUCAGGUCGAACGCGAGUAUGCUUGUCUUGAGAUUCCCGGAAGAAGGCUUCGGCGAUAAAUUGAACUUCAUGGUCCCUUUCUUCCUCGACGUUCUGGCUGUCAACUUGAAAGUCAUUGUCAUCACCCGGAAUCUUGCAAACACGCUCGAACCUUUCCAGAACUUCCGUCACAAGUGCAUUCUACAUAUUUCGUUGGAAAGAAGGCUGCCCACCCAGUUUCUGAACACCCUUUACUGGAAGGCCGAUGGGUCCCAAAGAUUUUUUUGCGUCCGCAGUUUCGAUCAGCUGGUUUUCUGGAGGGAUGACAAGUCUGAGGAUGAGUGCUUCGACGAAAAAACGAGGUGCUCCACGGGCUUACCCAAAUAUAAAAGGAUUAAAUACGGGGAUCACCCCGAAGUUAUUAUGCAUGCUCCGAUAGAUUGCAAUGAUACUGUCAUCAACGCAUUUUUCGUUGUCAGCGACCAGGCUAACACACAAUUCAAGCUGAGUAUGCUGUAUCGAUACUCCAUGGUUCGAGUCGAUGAGCUGAGCUGUUUCUCAUUCAUCCAGUGGCGCGACACGGAUCUGUCUUCUUUGCUGAAACCGUUUGAUAAAGGAGUUUGGGUCCUGGUUCUCGUGAGCACGCUCACAGUCGCGAAACUCCUGUCGUGGUUGGAUAUGGGCGACGUCGGUAGCAUCUUCGCUAAACUCUGGCUGAGUUUCAUCACAGCUGUGGACGCUGGCAUUGACAUAAAAAAAUCUAGUCAGUUGAUAGCGGGUGGCAGUGCCUUGUUUUUGACAUUUUUCAUCGCUCAAAUAUACAAGAAUGAUAUGAUGGCUUUCCUCCUGAAUCCGCAAGUUAAUAUCGACUGCACUCAUAUUUACAACUGUAAGGAUGUGUUCGUGUGCUAUUCGGAGUUCGUUAUGGUCAAUGAUCUAGCACAGGAUUAUUGCCUAUGUAGCAUGAGUCCUCAACAGCGAGUACUCAUCAAAAAACCUCUCCAUCGGGAGUCGAAUAUAGCGCCGGAUUUCUCACGGUCGGACUAUUACGACCAGAACAAGAUGUACUUCCAGACUUCAUUAGGAAGCGGGGGAUAUUUCGACAGCCGUCUCAGGGGACAACAUUAUCUAGUUUCGGCGAAAACAAGCUCGACUAUAGAUCGCUUCUUCGCGACUGGAAUAGUGUCACCUAAGCGCCUGGAGCCGCAGUGGGACGAAGUCGCGAAAUAUCGCCUGUCAUUCCGACAAGCGGUCUCCUACGAGAACUUGGGUCGGUACAUUGAUUUCAAUACAACCCUCGAUCAAUUCGAUAUGAAGAACUUCCGCACGAUCCUACCGAUCUUUUGGCUGAGCUUUAUGGUGGUCUUAGGCGCCCUCAGCGAAUCUGUUAUUGCAACCAACUGGACGACAGCAUGGAAGAACUACGAGAAGCAACCCCCUGUCGGUCCCACAAUGGUUUUCGUGAACGUGUACGUGAGGUCACUCGGGGAUUUCAACUCGAACGACAUGUCAUACAGCGCGCAGCUCACCUUCCGACAGCAGUGGCACGAACCGAAGCUGGCGUAUGAGCCCACGACUAUUGGGCGACCCAACGCGACCUUCGAAAACGUUGAUAGGCAUUCCCUCUGGACGCCUGACACGUUUUUCACCAACCAGAUCAGUGGCCAUGAUUUCCAGCUCAUGAAGGACAAUAGUCUGGUCAGGGUUUUCCCGAAUGGCGAGAUCAUGCUCAGCCGUCGUCUUCAGCUCAAGUUGUCCUGCCCGAUGCAUCUGAAAUAUUUUCCCUUCGAUACCCAAUCCUGUUCGAUUAAGAUGUCCAGUUAUGGUUACACGACUGAGCAGAUAGUCUACCUGUGGAAGAAGACGCAACCCAUACAAGUCUCUAGCUCGCUGAGUUUGACUGAUUUCACACUCUCGUGGUUUGAAGACCACUAUUGCACUUCAAAAACUAAUACUGGCGAAUACUCCUGCCUCGUUGCUCGAUUUACACUGGAAAGGAGCUGGCAGCCAUACAUCAUCAAGGUCUUCAUCCCCGUCGCCAUGCUCGUGAUCCUGGCUUACAUGACCACUUGGAUCCAAGAUGCGAACGCUAGAGCCAUACUCCUGUCGACGGAUUUCGCGCUGGCUCUCGUUGCUCAUUGCGUGUGGAGUCACGUGCUGCCCAAUACAUCUUAUUUCAAAGUGAUCGACAGCUUCCUCAUAAUAAGCUUGAUCUUCAUAUUCGGAAUCGUGAUCAAAUUCGCAAUCGAUUGGAGCCGCCGGAGGACUUUCGAGAAGAAUGUACCAGCCACCGUCCGUGACAUCAUUUUGAGCGUCUCGUAUCCAAUAGCCUACGUCCUGAUCGUCGGGGUUUUGAUCUACUGA